AUGACUUCAUCGUCGAUUAAAAAUGCAUAUCGACGUGUUCCUUCUUAUGUAAUUUUAUUUAAUCGAUUAAUAAUUUAUCGAACUGCAACAACAGCAUCAUCUCCGAUGACAUCUGAAUCAUUAAAAAAUCAACAAAAAUCACAAUCAAAAGAGAAUAAAGAACAUGAUAAGACUAAAAUAAUUCGUCCAAAAACAAUAUCAUCAUCAUCAUCAUCAAAAGAUAAAAUUAUUCAAAAUGAUGAACAAGUACGAACAUCAAAUUCAUUUGUUAUGAAUUUAUUUCGUGGUCAAUUUUAUCCUCAUGAAAUAUUUCCAUAUCCUAAUGUACUUAAUGAAGAACAAAAAGAUAAUAUUAAAAUGCUUAUUGAUCCAAUAUGGAAAUUUUUUGAAGAAAAAAAUAAUCCAACAAAAAAUGAUCAACUUGAAAAAAUUCCCAAUGAAGUAAUGAAUGGUUUAAAAGAACAAGGACUAUUUGGUAUUCAAAUUCCUGUUGAAUAUGGUGGUCUUGGUUUAACAAAUACUCAAGCAGCAUGUCUUUUUGAAAUUAUCAGUGCUCAUGAUCUUAGUAUUUCAAUAUGUACAGGUGCACAUCAAUCGAUUGGUUUCAAAGGUAUACUAUUAUUUGGUACUGAUACUCAAAAACGAAAGUAUCUACCAAAAUUAGCUACUGGUGAACAUAUUGCAGCAUUUGCACUUACAGAACCAACAGCUGGUAGUGAUGCUACUUCAAUUAAAACAAAAGCUGAACUAUCAUUCGAUGGUCAAUAUUAUAUAUUAAAUGGUACAAAAAUUUGGAUAUCAAAUGGUGGUAUUGCUGAUAUAUUUACUGUAUUUGCACAAGUACCAACAAUUGAUGAUAAAACAGGUCAAAAACAAAAUAAAAUGACAGCAUUUAUUGUUGAAAGAAAAUUUGGUGGUCUUACAAAUGGACGACCAGAAAAAAAGAUGGGUAUUAAUGGAUCAAAUACAGCUCAAGUUUUUUUUGAAGAUUGUAAAGUUCCUGUACAAAAUGUACUUGGUGGUGUUGGAAAUGGAUUUAAAGUUGCUGUAAAUAUUUUAAAUAAUGGACGAUUUGGUAUGGUUGCUGGUUUAUCUGGAACAAUGAAAAUGGCUAUUCAAAAAUCGAUUAAUUUUGCUAAAAAUCGUCGUCAAUUUGGUCGUACUAUUGAUACAUAUGGUAAUAUUCAAGAAAAACUUGUUCGAAUGGAAAUGCGACAAUAUGUUACUGAAAGUAUAGCUUUUCUUUUGGCACAAAAUAUGGAUCGAGGAAUAUCAGAAUAUCAAUGUGAAGCAGCUAUUGGAAAAAUCUUUGCAUCUGAAUCAGCAUGGUUUGUAGUUGAUGAAGCAAUACAAAUUCAUGGUGGAAUAGGUUUUAUGAGAAACAUUGGUCUUGAACGUGUUUUACGUGAUUUACGUAUAUUUCGAAUAUUUGAAGGUGCUAAUGAUGUUCUUCGUUUAUUUAUUGCUCUUACUGGUUUUCAAUAUGUUGGUUUACAUUUACGUGAAUUACAAAAAACAGUUAAAUAUUUUUAUUUUAAUAUUAUUGUUGGUGAAAGUUCAAAACGUUUACGUCGUGGUAUUGGUAUAUCAUCAGGUCCAAAUAUAAAUGAAUAUAUACAUUCAUCACUUCAUCCAUCAGGUUUACUUUUAUCAAAAUCUAUUGAUUAUUUUGGUAUAGUUAUUGAACAACUUCUUAUAAAAUAUGGUAAAGGAAUUCGUGAUGAACAAUUUAUUAUUCAUCGUAUUGGAGAUAUAACUAUUGAUUUAUAUUCUAUGGCAGUUUGUUUAUCACGUUGUACACAAUCAUUUCAAAAUCAGAUAUCAUCAGCUAUACAUGAAUCUAAUUUAGUACGAAUUUGGUGUGAAGAAGCUUAUGAGAGAAUUAAUAAUAAUAUAAAUCUUAUUCAAAAUUCCGCUUUUAUUGAAAGAACAAGAUUAAUGUCAGAAUUAUCUGGAGAAAUUAUUGAUAAAGAAUCAACUGUUCCUGUACAUCCAUUGAGUUUUUGA